AUGUCAGGUUACCCAACUCCCACUGACGCCAGGUUCUUCUCCCACUUCAACAACUACAUCUACGAGCUGGUGAAUACGCGCGACGCGCUCGCGUUCGCGAUUCCCGCCUUGCUGUCCGAGUUUGCGGCCGACGGAGUGACGUACCUGGAGCUGCGUACCACUCCUCGCGCGCUCUCCGACGCGUCAGCCGAGGACACGGUCGAGCUGAUCCACGACGAGCUGAAGCGGUGGAACGACGAGAACGCGAUGCGGGUGCGCCUCAUCCUCUCGAUCGACCAGGCGAAGCACGACCGCGCCGACGCAGACUGGGUUGUCGACACGGCCCUUCGCCUGCGCUCGUCGGCCUACCCGCCCCUCGUGGUGGGCGUGGACGUGUGCGGCGACCCGAACAAUGCCAAAGACCUGACGGCGCUGGACCCCGUCUUCGAGCGCUGCCAGAGGGAGGACCUCCCCGUCGUGGUGCACUUUGGCGAGAUCCCCAAGCAGGCCGAGAACGGCACGCUCGACGUCAUGCUCCGCUGGAACCCCAGACGGGUAGGACAUGCGAUCCACCUCCCGGACGCGGUACGCGAUGAGCUCGUGAAGCGCGACAUUGCCCCCGAGCUGUGUCUCAGCUGCAACGUGCUCGCCAACAUGCUGCCGGCCAAGGAGAACGGGGAGAAGCCCAGCCACGGCGACCACCACUUCGGGUGGUGGUGGAAGAAUGGCGGCAGCAUCUCGCUCGGCACGGAUGAUGUGGGCGUGUUCGGCGCCAAGAGCAGUGAUGAGCACUACCAUGCCGCUGAGCACUUUGGGCUGAGCAAGGAGCAGCUCGUCGAGCUCAGCCGGAGGGCGAUCCAGGGCGCCCUGGACCGGGACGCGAUCAAGCCCGUCGAGAGAGAGCUGGACUCGUUCUCGGUGCUGGAGAAACUGUAA